UCAGCAUUUUAUUGUUCCUCUUGUUUUCGUCCCGUGUUUCACCUUCACCGCAUAGCCUAGCGACCCAGAUUCACCCCAUGUCAUGUGCUCUUCCUAUCUAGCCCUACUUUUCCUCGCCUAAUAUAGAGACCACCCCUCAUCUUCUCAAUCCCAGAAAUCGUCUAUACCAUACGCAAGCUGCUGACACAUCUAUCUGGUCUUCUAACGCGACAACACGAGACUUGCGCCGUUAUUCCAUCUUCACGAACUUAGCUCCCGUAGCCUCUUUCCAGCCUCGAAUCUGAUAUAGGCCCUCGACCUGCGGUUUCGGAACCCGACUUUCCCGCCCAAAACGACUUUCAAUUUAACCAAGGACUGUCACCAAAUCGGUAUUCAACUUCACUCUGCAUGAUCACAACCCGUCGACACGAUGGCUUCGGCCCCUCUGAACUCGCGAAAUCGGUCUCAUGACGAGUCCAACCUCGGUCUCAAGACCAAAUCCCAGGCCCAAAGUCGGUACAUGUUUGUGGAAUAUGCCGCUCCAGCUCCCCCACCCCCACUAGGCACCAAGAGACGCCGUGGUGGACCGAGUGAAGUUCGUGCCCACAUCACCAAGGAAUUCCAUCGUCGUCUACGAGUCAAACGUUUGGGAUCUCUGAAUCCCCUUCCGCUCAGAGGUGAUGAUACGUCCGAUCCUCCAAUGCCACCGCCUCCUACACACAAUGAUCAAGUCCUUGCCACCGUUUCAACCUCAUUACCUGACCGAACUUUGUCGAAGCACUUGAACGUAGAGGAACACCAUGAGGAGCAUGACGCUGUUCCCCCUGAGAAAGGUAAUGCAACGUCUCUUCUGUCUGACGACUCUUCAGACGACCCUCAGAGGAUAGGUUCAACCGGUAGACCGCCUCAGGGAGCCAUCUCUCCCACCCUUUCAGCAAGUCCCUUGCUCGGAGAGUCCAACGUGGAUCCAUUCGAGGUUCUGCCAUUCAGUACUGCGCCAAGCUUCAUUCAGCAUGUUCUCAAGCAUGCCGUCGUCCAUUCAUGGCCUCAAACUGUCCCGGCGCGGAACAACAGUACAGCCAAUCCUGUUUCUUCAAAGUGGUUCAGCUUCGCCAUGGAAUCCCCAAUUGCAUUCCAUAGCCUCGUCUAUGCGACUACUCUCCACGUCCUAAACGCCCACAACGGUCAGGAGCUCACCAGCGACGCACCAGUCCUCCGGCUCAGUCACAAAGUCACAACGAUCAAUUUGAUCAAGGAAUCUCUAGCCACGCUGACUGGGCCCCCCACUGACGCCCUCCUGAUGGCUGUCAUCGUCCUUACCAUUCAUGGCCAUCGAGACGACACCGUUUAUCUCGACGUCCACCCCCAAAGCCCUCUUGCAAAAGCCCAGUUUCUCAAUGUCUACGGGAAUAUGAUUCAUGACGAGGCUCACUUCAAGUGGAUCGUGUAUUUGAUCGCGCACAAAGGUGGCUUGGAUGCCAUCGAACUAUAUGGUUUCGCCGAUAUUGUGGCGCUGUGUGACAUUUACUUUGCGUCGAAAUAUGUGUGCCCGGCCGUCUUCCCACUCCGCAGACCGCCAAUCAAUCUGGUCGAUAGUGGCAAGCACAUCCAUGAUUCCCUCAGUAUCGAACUCGAUGCUCGACUCGGCAAUGGCUUCAAGUUCUUGCACGCAAUUCCUGGAGGAAACUUGCUCAUCCCUAUCCUCGAAGCUUUCUGUCAAGUCACCGUCGCACUGGACCAUUACUCGCGAGGAGGACCUACUGCCCCAGACAUGGUCGACUUGGUGGAAGCUCGGAAUUCAGCACAACACCAACUAUUGAGUCAAAUGCCCCCUCCAGACGUAGAGACAUCAGAUGGACCCGGCGCCAUUAUCCAGGCAUGUCGACUUGCUACCCUUGUCUUCAGUGACAUGGUCAUUUUCCCCGUCCCUCCCAUGCAAGGCGUCAAACCUCGACUCGCCUCCAUGCUGAAAAAGGCGCUCGAGGGAUGUGCUGCCUCCCGCAAUGGUUCUUCCUAUGCAUAUAUGUUAUUAUGGGCAACCAGCCUCGGCGCCAUCUCGGCUAGCUUCACUCCGGAUCGACCAUGGUAUGUCGAGCAGCUGUCACAGCAGGUACUGCUCCUAGGUAUCGACCAGUGGUCAUCGAUGGAAUUCGCUUUGUCCAAAUUUCUCUGGUGGUCGCCAGUGUGCAACGAGCCGGGGGAGAAACUAUGGCGUGAAGUAUGUUCUUCGCUGUGAGCAAGACGAAUCGUGAGAAGGGGGAGACUAUCUCGAUUCUCCCAUCGUCCAGGAUCAGUCGUAAGACGCUGGCGAGGGUAUCUCUUCACGCAGGGAGAGCUCCAGGCAUGGCCAUCAUAGGCUGGGGUGUUGGAGGAUCCUCUUCCGUAACGAUGGCCUGGCUGUUGGAACGAACAUGCCCGUUGCGGAACCUAAGACCUUGGAACAGACGUUCAGUCUCUUCUUGGCUGGGGAAGUUGUCGUCCGGGCGGGUCUCCCUCUUCUCGGGGAAGGAAGUAGCCCGAUGUUCGUCCUGGGUGGGGGGACGCUCGUCUUCUUGGCCCUCGCGAACCCUGACCUUUCCCAUGCGAGGCCACAUUCCUGGCAAGGGUACGACCUGGACACGUGGUUCAACGACUCUCUCCUCGAACCAAGCUUGAGCGCGAGCUUCGACAAGUUGGGCAAUCUUGGGCACAUCUUGCAACCGAGUUCGAGAGCCAAUCAAGCUCCGAACAGAAAGAUCGAGGCGGUAGUCGGGAAGAAAGGAAAAGGCGAGGUUAGUCUUUGGUUUGCUGGUAGCAGAACCUUGUUUGUCCGAGGUGUCAGGGUCAUCUUGGGUGGCUGGCACAAAGCUGAUGGACAAGGUGCCUGAGAAUCUGACAACAGAAACAGCCAAAGCAACAGGCAGGACAGCGGAAAAUGGUUUGGGGUAAUUGAGAAUCAGAGCAGUUUCGAUAGCCAGGGUCAGAUUGUCAUCGGACAAGUCGACAUCCAUCAGGGCUUGUAAUCUUCCACCGGUGCCUGAAGGGCCACUGGAGGCAUCGUCUUCCAUAGCAAUGACUCGGACGUUGCUAAAGAUGGG